UGUCUUGCUUGUUGCUUGAGGACUUGGGAUCGUUCACAUUUGGACCGAGAGAACAAGUCAAAUGUAAGAGUAAAGCUCGUUGGACAUGUCUGCGGUUGAGAGACGAGGCGCUCCAGAUCUUCACUGGGAAAACAGGCCCUUCACAAAUCAGGAUUUUAAGCGCCAUCGGAGUCUCGUGUCUCGGUCCAGGCUUCCCCUCAGCAGGAGCACCUGGCUGCCGGGCGGCCCCCGCUCCACGCACCACGCGCAGAGGGGACCCGUUUAUGUGUCUUUUGUCAGCAAGGCCGUCUUAUGGGAUAGAGGAUUCUGCCAACAAGUUGCUCACGAUCAUCCAGAUCAUCGUCCUUUGUUUUGUCCUCGCUUCUUGUCGCACAUGAAGGCUCGUCCUGAGGAUCUCAGACCUCCUCGUUUCCUGAGCUCCAAGUCCAGACAGCAGCCUUCAUCUCAGGCGAGGAAGUCGAUAGCACACACUCUCACUGCCCUGAAGACACAAACACUAGAGGGUAACUUCCAACUUCCAGACAGGAGAAGAAAUGCUGUGCCGAAUCCGGUCGGAGGAAGGCGCUCGGCUGUCGUCGUCCCCUGUCUUCCACUUGUUGCUUCUCCACCAUUAGUCAAACUUAGUCCGUCACCUCCCCACCAAAACACCCCUCACCUCGACUCAAACAAGCCCGACACUGUGCAAACAUCGCCGCCAUCUCCUCAUUCUGCUCCAGAGGAAAACAAUGACGUUCAGGAGAGGGAGAAAUCGCCACCACGACCUGAUUCGGUGUCCAUCACCGAGCCGGACUUGAACGAGGGGCUCGGACCUCCUGGUACGGAUCGAUCGCUGUCUCCGACCUCUGUGGUCUCCGACGGGUCCCUCUCAGACUUUAGUCGUCCUCAUUCCAGCCUGUUCAGCCGCAGCACCGACCUCGCCAGCGGCAGGAGCAGCGUCCUGUCUGGAGACAUCACAGACCUAGAAGCCAGCGUUUGUUUAUCACCACUCCACCCUCGUUCAGCCACGUCGUCACCUUCACCUCCUAACUCUCCAGCGGGAUCCAACCCUCGCCAAUCAGCCGUGAACACUACAACUACCUCUAAACUCUACGGACCAGAAACUGACUCCUGUAAACCCGUCUCAUCUCGCUCAGCUUCAGUAGUCAGCUCCCAAACUUCCAAACCUCCGAGCAGGCGUGAAAGCUUGACAGAGAAUCACCGCCAGGCUGCGUCAACAGAUCCUGUCCUCAACCCACAUUUGGACUCCGAUCCUGGCCUUGUUACUUUGGCUUUCCCCUCCGCUACUUGGUCCUCCUGCCCAAGCCCACUCGGGUCGACUCCACCGAGAUCAGGCUCAGGACCAAAGCUGACCCCAACUGCCUCCGUGACCCGUCUGGAGUCUCACCGCUGGCCGGUCCUGCCUCCCAUCUCCCCUGUCAGAGGACGCUGCGGCUCGGCGGCCUCGCGAUACUCCGAGCUCAGCUGCACUCAGUCCCGCGCGUUCGAUGAACUGGACGCUGUCGCCCCUCGGUCUGCAUCCGGUCGUUCUCUGGACGAGGCGUUUGACUCAUCCUGUCGUUCUUCACCUGAUAGAGAGCUGUCUCCUGGCCUGGCUGCGCUGACUGUGGGCUGUGACUCAGGGAAUCUGGGCUCAAUUUCCCGCGUCCAGCUGCUUCUUCUCGACAGAAACGAACCCGAGACCCUGCCGAGUCCCUCUGGUUAUGAAGACGAGCUGUCGCUGGAAGAGGACUGGUCCGAUAUGAGGAUGCUAGACGAUCCAGAAUUGACUUCAGCAGGUGUCUCGAGGCCCCUCACAGCUGGCAGCGGCUCUGAAAGGUGUGACUCUGCAGGGACAGCCAAUGAAAACAAAUCGGAUCAGUCUGAAGGAUGUUCAGGCUCCCCGUCGUCAUGGAUCAUAGACCCGAGUCCAUCGCACGACAUGUUCACGUCUGCAGAUUCUCCCUCUUUCAGUGCAGAUGACGGCGGCCCCACUGAGGAGGACUCUGAUCAUUCGGGAUGGAGGGACCAAGUUGAGACGCCAACAGGAGAAAGGAGGCCUCACCUCAGCCCUGAAGAGAAGGAGAGAAGGAUGGAGGAGAAGAAAACAAAGGCCCUGAGCAUGCUCUCAAAACUGCAGGAUGACGCUCCUCGUCAGGCGAAAAGCAGCAAAGGUCGCUCCAACUUUGAGGACUUCGACUUCUUGGCAAAGUUCUGCAUUUUCAGUCAGGAGAAGCUGGCUGAGUACAAAAGAGCUUUUGAAGCAGAGGACGGCGACGGCGACGGCUACAUCUCCUGCCUUCAGGUUCUCCUCGCUCUCAAAAACAUCCUGCCUGCAGAGCUGCUGUCUGAAGAAGAGGAGAUCUUCGUCUACAGGAUCCUGGAGAUGGUGGACUUCAGAGUGACAGAUGGACUCGUGGACCUGAGGCUCUUCGCUGUGAUCACCAGCCUGGCUCAGAAAAUCGCCUCCAUGGACGAGUUUAUGCGAUCACUCAUCAGCGACAUGGACUUCCGCUCGCUCGAAGUGCGUCUCUUCAAAGCAAAGCAACUGUUCCUGUUCCUCCUGGAGGAGCAGCGAGGAGACAGCGCGGCCCAGCGGGGCUUCAUCAGCGCCGAGCAGCUUCUGCUGGAGCUGAAGGCCGGGGGGAUCCGACUGGAGCACGAGGCCGCCGUCAGGCUGGAGCUGCAGCACAUCCCCCCGCUGGACCUGCUCGACUUCCUGGCCUACCUGCCCCUCUUCAUGCUCAUUCACAAGUCGGUCAUCGCCAACCCUCUCGAUAGCUCCGGCGACCUCUGAACUCAAGUCGCUGUGAUGUCUGCCGGCCGACAGCUCAGGUAUCCGCAUUACUGCCAAUCAGAUCAUCAGAGCGCUUUG